CGUGACGAACCUUUCUCCAUAGACUUAUCGUCAAUGUUACCGACACAAUUUGGAUCACAAAAAAAGAAAACGACUUCUUCAGAAAUUUUUUCGAAAACAAGAAGGAAGGAUGAGAGCGUUUCUACAUUAACGCUUGAUCCUGCUGGUGCACGGCUUAUUACGGGAAGUUAUGAUUAUGAUGUAAAAUUUUGGGAUUUUGCAGGAAUGGACUCUACAUUUCGUCCGUUUCGGACUAUCAAACCAUGUGGCGAUCAUCAAAUUCAUCACUUAGAAUAUAGUUUGAGUGGUGAUCAAUUUUUAAUUAUAUCUGGUACAGCACAAGCAAAGCUUUAUGACCGUGAUGGAUUUGAAAUUGAAGAAUAUAUUAAAGGCGAUCCCUACAUUCGAGACAUGCGAAACACAAGUGGUCACAUAGCUGCCCUGUCAUGUGGGGGUUGGCAUCCGAAUGAUAGGCAAACUUUCUUUACUGGAUCCGCCGACAGUACAAUUAGAAUAUGGGAUGUAGAGAAUAAACGCAAGCAGAAACAUGUUCUUGUACAUAAGUCUAAAGAACGCGGCGGAAGAAGUGCUAUAACUGCGGCAUGCUAUAGUUCAGAUUCAAAAUUGUUGGCUGGAGCGGCACAAGACGGGAGCCUCUUUUUGUGGGGUGCCAAUGGACCUUAUACUCGUCCUUCACAUGCAACUCAUCAACCACAUAGUGAAACUUCUUCAAUAGUAUUUUCUAGAAAUAAUUGGUCAAUGGUAACGAGGGGUGGCGAUGAUUGUGUAAAAGUUUGGGAUAUACGUAAUUUUAAAAGUGCAGUAGCCCAUGCCAAAGAGCUACCGUCCUUUAAUGCAGAGACUAACGUAAUAUUCAGUCCUGAUGAGCGAAUGAUUAUUACUGGUACUGCUACUAAAAAAGGAGAAGGAUAUGGAAAAUUAGUGAUGAUGGACCGUGAAUCACUAGAGAUUGUUCGCACAAUGAGUAUUACAAAAUCUAGUGUUAUUCGAGUUUUAUGGCAUUCGCGAAUCAAUCAGAUCGUUACUGGAAGUGCGGACGGAUUGGUUCAUGUAUUCUAUGAUCCAGCUAUAAGUGUUCGAGGCGCCAAAUUGUGUGUUGUCAAAGAACCUAAGAAGCGGGCUAUUGAUGACUAUGAAAUUAAUCGACCCAUUAUUGCACCACACUCGUUAUCAAUGUUCCGAGAUGAUAGACCAAAGUCGACAAAGCGAAAGAGAGAAAAAUUACGCAAAGAUCCUGUUGCAUCACGUAGACCGGACCUUCCUGUUAAUGGUCCUGGUAAGGGUGGUAAGAUUGGUAGCAGCUUGACACAGCACAUAAUGAAGGAGUUGAUAAAGGAUACGACUAGAGAUGAGGAUCCUCGCGAAGCUUUAUUAAAAUUUGCAGAGAUAUCUAAUGAUGAUCCACAGUGGAUUGGGAAUGCUUACAAACAAACACAGCCAAAAGCUAUACUGGCUGAUUCUACUGGCGAAGAUGAAGAGGAG